GUCCAUAUUCAUUUCCAUUCCGAUAAUCAAGGAGUCGUUGGUGCCCUCCAGGUGGGGAAAUCAAGGAGCAUCGCCCAAAACAAUAUCCUGCGCCGUCUCUCUUCUUUUGCAUUAGAUCAUGACGUGUGGUUCUCUGUUACUUGGGUGAAGUUGGCAGACAACCUUUCUGACUCCAUCUCGAGAGGAUUUUUCCCU